CAAGACCGUCUGACGUCACGCGCCACUUCUCCGCAGCUCCCACCAUCAGUGCCGACACUGUCAGAGCUCUAGUGCAGUCAGCACUUAAGGGGGAUGCGACUCGGGACUAUCUUCUUGCUCUCGGUGCCAUGCUGGCGGACGUUGACGUGUUUGAUUCCAAAUGCGUCUGGCCCCCUUGCUAUUUGGGUGAAGCUUGCAACAAGGCGUCAGACUCCAAAGGCGUCAAGACGACCCUCGGCAUGGAAUUUGCCUCCGGCAUUGGAGAAGUCGACGCGUUGCUCAAACAACUACUAGGGGACACUUCUGGAAAACAAUGGGAGGGUGUCAGCGCUGCGGCGGUCCUCCUUCGACUGCUGGACAGCCACAUAGCGCUCACCUACCUUCAUGGACCGCCUCUGCAGCUGCCGGAAAAUUCGGAACGCCUCGUGCCAGACCCGGUCGUCACUGGAUGCGCGUUUGGAUCGUUUGUGCGUGUUCCUUCUAAGUCAAACCUGAAGGAGCUCCUCUUGUGGUGGCUAAACGAGAGACAGCCCGAGACGAGAGAGGGGCAGAGGUUUCUCUCGUAUCUGGUCAAACCAACUAACACGCAGUUCGAGGGUUGGGACUUCUUCGUCUUCAUCACCAUGGACGGGCGCCUGCGUGACGUCUGGGGCUACCAGUGCAAGCAGGACAAUACGAAACCGACGACCGCCACGACAAGCACGAUUAAGAAGAGCCUGAAAAACGUCAAGGGCGACGAGCAGCUGAAGGCAUUAGGCAUUGCGGGCGCCAGAGUGUGGUUGCAAGGUGUAUGGCCAUCAGACGGAUAAGAUGGAUGAAAAAAAUCGAAGACUGGCCACUGUACUACCCUUGCAAUGCCACGCUCAGGGAGUUUCUGGGCGCCUCACUGAGUGAAGCGUGCCCGUCGGAGUUGUUGGAUGUGAAAAAGAACUAGAGAGGGCAAGCGAUGC